UGUUGGGGAGACGAGGCAGAAAAGGGGUGAGAUUCAAACCCUCCCCAGGGGAGAGGAAGGGCUGUGCUCCCCAGCCCCAGGGGAGAAGAAGGGCCCCGCUCUCCAGACCCAGAGGAGAAGAACACGAUUCGGGGGGGCACACCUGAGGAUAAGACGGGAAACAAGGCCCUAUUCCUUCCUCAGCUGAGGUCAGCGGGCGGCGGCUGCUGCAGGUGGCAGCCAAGCAGGGAGAGGACGUGAUGAAGGACUCCAGGAACUCCCCGGCCAGAGACCACCACCCGGCCGUCGCGAGCGGAGGGCUCCACACAGUUAGCGUCUCGCUGGCCGAACUAAGGCAGACCAUAAGGGAGCUGGAGCGGGAGUUGGCGAACCGGACCCUGCAGGAGGAAAAAAGUUGGGCCGCCGGGAGCCGUGGACCUUCCUACUCCUGGGCCGGCUUCGUCCGCCAGGCAGAGGGGCCUCUGGAGAGGGCGACCGCCCGGUUCCUACUGCUGUCCCAUUCCCAGUGGCUGUCUGCAGCCCUCUGCAUGGUCGGUCACCCUGGGACCUGUCCCCAGUGCCCACCUCCACGGUGCGCUGAGUGCCACCUCCCCUGCCCCCCCACAGACGGACCUGCAGCACCUGAGGCAGGAGUUCCAGGGAAAGAAGGAGAUCAUCUCAGAGGUGCAGGCGGCCGUGAGCACGGUCCAGGCCUCUCUAGCCGAACAGUCUCUCAGCGUCCAGAAUCUCAGACAAGGCGUCGGGGAGGCGCUGCAGGAGAUGGAGGCGCUGCAGCUCACAAUGCAAGCAGAACAAACCCAAGACCAGGCCCUGUGGCCUCAAGAUCGACACGUGUCAACUCCCGCGCCCACGCCAGAAACCGUCCUCCUGGAAAUGGUGGGGCAGGGCAUCUCGGCGCUCUGGGAGAAGAGAGGUGGAGUCGGCCGCAUGGUCAGGAGAGCGCAGUGGCUGGGCUCCAGGCUGCUCCUGCUGUUUGGGGUGUCCUGGACGGCCUUCUACAUCCUGAUCGUGCACCCUGCGCUGUUGGAGGGGCUGGUCCCCCCGCUGCUCAGCAAGGGCACCGUGUGGCGAGUCCGGGGCUUCUUCACACCCUUCUUGCGCCUGGAGGUCGACGACCUCCUGCCGUUUUAGCCCGGGGCGGGCGGCGUGAGCCCCUCUCUGUCUGUCUGCAGGGCCAACCGGGCGUCCGAGUCCCUGAAGACGACACACUAGAGAGAAUGGGAUUAUUGGGCAGAGGGGGGCAGGAGGGGCACGGGAUCCUGGAGGGGAGGCCGGACGGCCCUCGGCGCCUGCCCGCGGCUCUUGACCCCCGCUCACAGCCUCCAAGCAGCCUGCAGAGCAGCUGGACUGGAACAUGAUGGCAAAAGCCACCCUCCCAGGGAACGUGA